CUGGAGGGGCUGGGAUAGUUGGUAACAAUUAAAAAGGACUAGUAUACACACCAACCAUUACAAACACUAUGUAAUGCUGGUAUACACGCACAAACAGACAGUUAAGACAGGUAUACACUUAGAGACAUAUACAAACACUUGCUAUUGGUUGUAUAUUCUUAGAAACACACACACGCUUACUAAGUCUGGUAUACACACACAAACUUGUAUACAAAUACUGGGAUACACUUAGAGACGCAUCCAUACACUUGCUAAAUCUGAUAUACACACACAAACUCAUAAGAGAUGCUGGUAUAUGCUCAGAAAUCUAUACACAUUAAGUAAGGUUAGUAUACACAAACCUUUACAUAUAUUAGGAAUUUAUGUUCAAUGAUAGAGAUGACUAGUACUCUCUCUCUCUCUCUCUCUCUCUCUCUCUCUCUCUCUCUCUCUCUCUCUCUCUCUCUCUCUCUCUCUCUCUCUCUCUCUCUCUGUCUCUGUCUCUGUCAAUCACGAUCUACAAAACUCAGACGAUGACCAAGUAUGUGCUCAAGUGAAUAGGUAAUGUUCAGUGUGUAUGUGUGUGUGUGCAGGAGUGGUCUUGCGAUCAUGUGCAUUGUGUGUUUUUCAUUAUUAUUAUUACUAUUAUUAUUACUAUUAUUAUUAUUAUUAUUAUAAUUAUUAUUAUUAUUAUUAGUAGUAAUAGUAAUAUUGUAUCACGGUAUUUUUUAAUAGAGCCUCAACUUAUACUAGUCUUGCCUGAAAAUCUCUCGUUUUCUAUCAUUCUCCCAUCCUGCAGGCCUGAGCCCAGACCGAGACCCAGAGAAAUGUAAACAAACGCAGAGUCAGACUUGAUAUACGGGUGAAUUUGUUGCUUUUUAGAGGGGCAAUGGAUCUGUACAUGAGUGAGGUGGCGAGGGGCGUGGCCAGGGGGCGGCUAGCAGCGUGUGCCACCAGGGAAAUGUGUAUGAACAUAAAAAAAGGCGCCUGUUAAGAAAGGUUCGUUCGGUGCAAGGAGUUGGCACAGGAGGCGUCUGAGGCUGUGCAGAGCGGCCGUCUGAACCUGGUGCCACAGCUGCACAGGAGGGCAUGGCAUAGCUGGCUGGACAACAUCACAGACUGGUGUGUCUCCCAGCAACUCUGGUGGGGCCACAGAAUGCCAGUGUACCACAUCACUGCAGCAGACGGCCGGGAGGUGUGGGUGGCAGCUGCUCGGAGUAAGAUGCAAGGCGGAAGGCUGUGCAGAAGGAAGACUGUGCUGCUGCAUGGCCUCCUGUGUGAUGGUGGCGGCCACAAGACAUCCAAGUCCUGGGGCAAUGUGAUAAACCCCCUGGAUGUGAUCAGUGGGGCGUCCCUGGAGGUACUGUGUGAGAGGAUGGAGGGGAGCCUGAAUACAGAAGAGGUACUCACUGGUAUCAGGAGGAACUUCCCCACAGGCAUCCCAGAGUGUGGAGCUGAUGCCCUUUGGUUCACCCUGUGCUCCACCAACUUCAAUAUGUGCAGGUUUGCAGUAAACCUCCCUGAAGGUUCCAGAGCUGGUCAGCAAGUGCCCCAGUCCAGGCUGUCACAAGGCUGUGUGAUGGAGGACCUUCCACUAAUACUCAUUGAUAACAGCUGUGCACUGCCACUCACAGGAAAUAGGCAGCAUGUGGCCAGGCCUGGAGGAGAAUCUUGACUGAGGCCCUUGAGAGACUGCAAGCUGGCAGAGCUGAGGAAGAUCCUUGUGGGAACACCAACAAAUCUUGGAGCUUAUUCUGAAUGACAUUGUAGUGAGGAAACUCAAAGCUUGGAAGAACAGUGUUGCUGUGUGUGGAGGCAAUACAUUGACUGCAGUAUAUCACAAGGGAGACAGUCUUUGCCCCCACAGUGUCGAGCGAAACACCUGCUACACCACUGCCUCAGGAGGACCCAUUGUUCACCCACACAGUAGAAGCUGAAAUAGUGGAGAUUGAGUUGCCUUGAAGCUGAGAUGAGUUGGUCAGCUAGUGAGUGGCUGCAUAACCAUUAAUAAGUGGCGCUGUGGAUAGCAAGCGGAAGAGACCUUGGGAGACUUCCGUUAAUGAGGAGCAACAAGCACACCUCACUGGAGUCUUUCAGGAACCAACAGUCAGGGCCUGAUGUGAAGGUGUCUGCAGCCAGUGGUGGGUGUCCUCUCUGCCUGGUGGUGCCUCAUUGCAGGGCUGAUGUGAAGGUGUCUGCAGCUAGUGUUUGGUGUCCUCUGUGCCUGCCUGGUGGUGCAGCCUGGUGUGUGUUGCCUGCUUCAGUGUAAAUCUUGCAAGCUAGAUCUGCCAGCUGUCUCCAGUGUAGUAUAGUGUAGGGUGCUUUGCUUUGCGUCUUUGGGAAUAAAUAAAUUUGUGACUAUCAUUCUCAUGUGAAUUAUAUAGUUUGAUAAAAUUACAGAAUGUGGUUGUUUAAACUAUAUAUAUUUGGUGGUAAACAAUUCAUGCCCCCCUAAGUAAAUAAAUUAAAUAAAUAAAUAAAUUAGAUAAAUAAAUAGGACCUAAAAUACUGAUACAACACUGAUACAAUUGAUCCCCUCUGGUCAAAAAAAAAAAAAAGCCAGGAUAGGCCUAUUUUGGCUAAGUUUAAGAUGAAACUUGCACAUGGAAGCCCUGUCCGAGCGACUCCGGAGUCGCUCGGACAGGGCUUCCAUGUGCAAGUUUCACCUUAAACUUAGCCAAAAAUAGGCCAAUCCUGGCUUUUCUUUUUUUUUUUUUUGACCAGAGGGGAUCAUCAAUUGUUUACUAGUAUUUUUUGCAUCUAUUUAUUUAUUUAUUUAAUUUAUUUAUUUAAUUAAUUAAUUAAUUUUUUUUUUAUAAUCAGGGCUAUGAAUUUGUUACACCAGAAAGCUUACUUGCAAUUUGUAAAACAAGAUAAGUAUAUAUUGUUUAAAAUCACAUUGUUAAAGUUUCUGAGGAGGCAUAUGAAUUGUUACACCAGAAAGCUGGUUUAUUUGCAACUUAUACUAAUAAUUCCUUAAGUAUGUAUAAGAUAAUGUUUAAUCACUAUUGUUUAAUCACAAAAGUUUAAUAAAAUACACACAAUUAUGAUAAAACAUGU